GGAAACCCAGGGAAAUGGAAGAUCGGUCAGAGGAGCCUCUAGCUUCGUUUGGACUGAUAGCCGAUGUUCAAUACGGCGACAAAGCUGACAUUGUGGCGUCCAAUGGCAAGACCAGGAGAUACAGAGAGGCUGCAGGAAAGCUUGCCAAAGCUAUAGAUUUUUUCAAUCUCAAGAAGGACGAGCUCUUAUUCAUGCUAUCACUGGGCGACAUUGUGGAUGGGAACACGACCAAGGAGAAAACAAUGGAAGACUUUGACGUCGUUCUGGCUGAGCUUCAAAAGCUCGAUCUGGAAGCUGUUCAUCUGAUUGGAAACCAUUGCUUGUCACUGCCCAGAGAGCUCCUAAAGCAGAAACUUUCGAUCCCGGCCUUUUACUACCAGCGCGACUUGUGCCCGGGCUGGAGAUUGGUGGUGCUGGAUACGAUGGAUAUGAGUGUCAAAUGGCCCGAACACACACCAAACUAUAAGGAAGCUCUAGAUUUCCAAAAAUCCCAUCCUUUUGGUGUUGAUCACCCGCAAAUGGCCCUCUGGAAUGGAGGCAUUGGCUCAAAGCAGAGAGAGUGGCUAGGCAAUGCUGUCCGAGAUGCACAAAGGAGCAACACAAAGCUCAUAGUUUGUGGACAUCACCCAAUCGUCGCUGGCUCCUCACCACCAAAGCAUUUGGCCUGGAACCAUCACCAGAUACUGUCAACGCUGCUGGGAAGUCCUGAGGUUGUGCUGUAUAUUUGCGGGCAUUACCAUUCCGGAGGCUAUGCAUGUAUCAAUGGAAAGCAUUUUGUGACGCUAGAAGCCAUUCUGGAAGCACCAGAGGGAUGGUGUGCCCAUGGCUUGCUGAGAAUUUACAAUGGCUGGAUCGAAAUACAGGGCUAUGGCAGCGUCAUUAGCAGGCGUCUUCACUUUAAAAACAUUUAAUUUCUAUACCCGCCCAUACCUGGGUUAUGGGAUAUGUGUUUGGGCUUUUAUUUACAUUCUAUGCAAAUGAAUGAAAUGAUUCUUAUUCA